CCCUGUGCUGCUGACGUCCAGAGCAGUGCUGGGAAGUAUAGGCUGUGUUGUCACGCCGGUGUCAGUCUGAUGAAGAUUGGCAUCAGGUGAUGUGUGUGGCUGGGUCCUGAAGCUUUCUAUCUUCUAUGUCACUUGCCAGAAAAGAGGCCCUGAACUUUGCUCGCCUUAUACUCAGUGGAAUUGCUGGCAGUGAUAGAAAGGAGAUUAGAGGUGAUAUUUCUGCCUUCAAGCCUUCUCCAGGCUGUUGGAAAACAAGUCAAACAAGGCAUUUUGUCCUUGGUGAAAAGAAAGAAUUUCUAACCCAGCUUGGAAGUAAGAAGAGAAGAAUAACCCUCCUGUGGACAGUCCCAGAGGCAACCUGGGAGCACCACAAAUAGUCCUCGAUGUGAAUCAAUCCCAUGAUGCAACAUGCCUCCCCAGCCCCAGCUCUGACAAUGAUGGCCACGCAGAAUGUCCCCCCGCCACCUUACCAGGACACCCCGCAGAUGACGGCGACCGCCCAGCCACCCACCAAGGCUCAGGCCGUCCAUAUCUCAGCGCCUUCAGCUGCUGCCAGCACCCCAGUUCCCAGUGCCCCCAUCGACCCCCAGGCUCAGCUGGAGGCUGACAAGCGUGCUGUAUAUAGGCACCCUCUCUUCCCACUCCUGACGCUGCUGUUUGAGAAGUGUGAACAGGCCACCCAGGGCUCUGAGUGCAUCACCUCAGCCAGCUUUGACGUGGACAUCGAGAACUUCGUUCAUCAGCAAGAGCAGGAACAUAAGCCCUUCUUCAGUGAUGACCCGGAACUGGACAACCUGAUGGUGAAAGCAAUCCAGGUUCUGAGAAUCCACCUGCUGGAGCUGGAGAAGGUGAAUGAACUCUGCAAGGACUUUUGUAACCGUUAUAUCACCUGCCUCAAGACUAAGAUGCACAGUGACAACCUGCUCAGGAACGACCUCGGAGGUCCCUAUUCCCCCAAUCAACCCUCCAUAAACCUGCACCCACAGGACCUCCUGCAGAAUUCCCCCAAUUCCAUGACAGGAGUCUCCAAUAACCCCCAGGGCAUUGUAGUACCAGCCUCAGCACUCCAGCAAGGCAACAUUGCAAUGACAACAGUCAACUCACAAGUUGUUUCAGGUGGAGCCUUGUACCAGCCAGUUACCAUGGUAACCUCCCAGGGUCAGGUGGUCACCCAAGCAAUUCCCCAGGGAGCUAUCCAGAUCCAAAAUACACAGGUUAACCUUGACCUCACCUCCCUCCUGGACAACGAGGAUAAGAAGUCCAAGAACAAAAGGGGAGUCCUACCCAAGCACGCCACCAACAUAAUGCGUUCCUGGCUCUUCCAGCACCUCAUGCAUCCCUAUCCCACAGAGGACGAGAAGAGGCAGAUUGCAGCCCAGACGAACCUUACCCUCUUGCAAGUCAAUAACUGGUUCAUCAAUGCCCGAAGGCGUAUCCUGCAACCCAUGCUUGAUGCCAGCAACCCGGACCCUGCCCCCAAAGCCAAGAAGAUUAAGUCUCAGCACCGGCCCACCCAAAGAUUCUGGCCCAACUCAAUUGCUGCCGGUGUGCUACAGCAACAGGGGGGGGGCCCAGGGACAAAUCCUGAUGGCUCAAUCAGCUUGGACAAUCUGCAGUCCCUGUCCUCAGACAACGCCACCAUAGCCAUGCAGCAGGCAAUGAUGGCAGCACAUGAAGAUUCAUUGGAUGGGACGGAGGAAGAGGAUGAGGAUGAAAUGGAGGAAGAGGAAGAGGAAGAAGAGCUGGAGGAGGAGACUGAUGAGCUACAGACAACGAAUGUCAGUGACCUGGGCUUGGAACACAGUGACUCUUUGGAGUAGCCACGGGGGCUAGUUGGCGCUGAUUCCCCCACUGGGACAAGGGCAUGGGGAGGGAGGAACAGAUGAGCAAUCUCCCGCAGGAAGUGUGGUCCUCACCUCCCAGAAUCAGCAGCCUGAGGAAUUGAAGACAAGUUUCCCUGCCCUUGCCCAGCCA